AUGGCGUCCAACGAGUACUCGCAGUCUGCGGCUCAGGGGUACGGCGGCUAUGGCGGCCAGGCGGCGGCGACGGUGGCGGCGCAGGGCUACGGCCAGCAGGGCUACGGCGGUUACGGCCAGGGCGCCGAGAGCGGCUCCUCCUCCUCGUCCUCCUCCUACAGCCAGGGCGGCUACGGCUCCGGCUCCGGCUACAGCCAGUCGCAGUCCGGCGGCUACGGCUCCCAGCCCCCGUCCCAGGGCUACAGCCAGUCGAGCCAGUCGUACGGACCGGGGGGCUACGGCGGCAGCCAGGCGCCUCAUAGCAGCUACGGCCAGCAGACGUCCUACCCCGGGUUCGGACAGCAGUCCUCCUCUUCAGGCUCCUCCAGCAACUACAGCAGUGGCUCCCAGCCCUCCAGCUACGGGCAGAACCAGAGCGGCGGGGGUUACGGCGGUCAGGCGGGGGGAUACGGAGGCGGCGGCGGGCAGUCGCAGAGCGGCAGUGGUUACGGCGGUCAGUCCGGGGGGUACGGAGGCGGCGGCGGCGGGCAGCAGCAGCCACAGCAGUCCCAGCACGGCGGCGGCGCCCCCUACAGCCAAGGCCCCGGUUACAAUUCUCCCCCGCCGCAAAACUACGGUCAGCAGAGUCCAUAUGGACAGGGCGGGGGAUAUGGACAGGAUGCCCCCCCUAUGGGGGGUGGAGGAGGCGGUGCCGGUGGCUACGGCAGCCAAGAUGGAGGCUACGGCGGCCAGGAAGGGCGCGGAGGGCGCGGCCGCGGAGGCGGAUUUGGAGCCAGAGGUGCAGGUGGCUUUGACAGGGGAGGUCGAGGGGGCCCUCGGGGGAGAGGAGGCAUGGGAAUGGGCGAUCGAGGAGGAUUCAAUAAGUUUGGUGGACACCGAGACCAAGGCCCCGGGGGACCUGGCUCCAUGCAGGAGCAGGAUAACUCGGACAACAACACCAUCUUUGUGCAAGGUCUCGGGGACAGCUACACGGUCGAGUCUGUGGCCGACUUCUUCAAGCAAAUCGGUAUCAUCAAGGUGAACAAGAAGACGGGGCUGCCCAUGAUCAACCUCUACACGGACAGGGAGACGGGCAAGCUCAAGGGCGAGGCCACGGUCUCGUUCGAUGAUCCGCCCUCUGCCAAAGCUGCCAUUGAUUGGUUCGACGGCAAGGAUUUCCAUGGCAAUCCCAUCAAAGUGUCCUUUGCCACGCGCAGAGCAGAUUUCAGCGGUGGCCGCGGCAGCGUACGAGGAGGGCGCGGCCGGGGAGGGCCGAUGGGCCGCGGUGGCUUCGGAGGGGGUCGAGGAGGUGGUUAUCCCGGCAACAACGGAGGCGGCGGGGGUCAGCAGAGAGCCGGGGACUGGAAAUGCUCCAACCCGGUUUGUGGAAACCUGAACUUCUCCUGGCGCAAUGAGUGCAACCAGUGCAAGGCCCCCAAACCUGAAGGCUCGGGUGGCAAUGCACCCGUGGGAGGGGGCUACGGCGGAGAGCGCGGGAGGGGCGGAUUCGACCGUGCGGGGUUCCGAGGCCGAGGGGGUGACAGGGGAGGCUUCCGGGGGGCCCGUGGCGGCGACCGGGGUGGGUACGGGAUCGGCAAGAUGGACAGCCGGGUUGACCACCGACAGGACCGCAGAGACAGGCCGUACUGAUCGUCGCGUCUCCCUCCGGGGAUCAGUACCCCCCGCGUUCGCCCUCCUUUUAUGCUGGCGAUUUUAAACUCGUGUUGCUGUGAUCUUGCUCCGUUUUGUGGACUGGUCUCUGUGUUUGUUUCAGCUGUCCCCUCCUUAUCCGCCUCCUGUCCGAGCUCCCGCACUUGGCCUCGUGCCACGUUCCCCAUUCCCUCCUGCCUCGCUCCUCGGGCUCUGCGACUCGGAUGUGAUAACAUGUCUCUUUCUGAAACGAGAAACCAGGCUGCAUUCAUUGACUGACACGUGAAGGCGUCGGAGUACAUUUCAUGUGUUUGUUUGUCACCUAACUGUCAUUUGUUUUUAUGUCUUUGAGUCGUAAUGUAGAGGCGAUGAUAAUAAAUGAUCCGAACACAUCA